ACAGGGCUCCCGCCAGGGCCGGCGCCCCCUGGGAACCGAGAGGAUGGCUGAGGGCAAGGCUGGCGGUGCUGCCGGCCUCUUCGCCAAGCAGAUGCAGAAGAAGUUCAGCAGGGCCCAGGAGAAGGUACUGCAGAAGUUGGGGAAAACUGUGGAAACCAAAGAUGAACGGUUUGAACAAAGUGCCAACAACUUUUAUUAUCAGCAGACAGAGGGCCUCAAGCUAUACAAGGACCUGAAGAACUUCCUUAGUGCAGUCAAAGUGAUGCAUGAAAGUUCAAAGAGAGUGUCCGAAACCCUGCAGGAGAUCUACAGCAGUGAGUGGGACGGCCAUGAGGAACUGAAGGCCAUCGUAGGGAAUAAUGAUCUCCUCUGGGAAGACUAUGAAGAGAAACUGGCUGACCAGGCUUUGAGGACCAUGGAAACCUAUGUAGCCCAGUUUGGAGAGAUAAAGGAAAGAAUCGCCAAGCGCGGUCGGAAACUCGUGGACUAUGACAGUGCCCGACACCACCUGGAGGCGGUGCAGAAUGCCAAGAAGAAAGAUGAGGCCAAGAUUGCCAAGGCAGAGGAAGAGUUCAACAAAGCCCAGCAUGUGUUUGAAGAUCUGAACCAGGAACUACUAGAGGAGCUACCCGUUCUUUAUAAUAGUCGUAUUGGCUGUUAUGUGACCAUCUUUCAAAACAUUUCCAACUUGAAGGACGUCUUCUACAGGGAAAUGAGCAAGCUGAACCACAAUCUCUAUGAGGUGAUGAGCAAACUGGAGAAGCAACAUUCCAACAAAGUCUUCGUGGUGAAGGGACUCUCAAGCAGCAGCAGACGCUCUUUAGUCAUCUCCUCCCCAGUUCGAACAUCUGCAGCCCCCAGCCCUCUUACCUCACCUACCAGCCCCUCAGCACUUUCCUUGACGAGUGAAAAGGACUCCAUCUCAGCAAGUGAAGAAGAGCUAGCAUCUGACCAAGCCCAGGGAGAAGACAACACUGAGAUUAAAGAAGAGCCUGUAAAAGUCAAGGAAGUAGAGAAGAAAGAGGCUGAAGCAAGCUCCUCUGAGGAGGAAGAGCCUCUGCCAGCCUGCAAUGGUCCCAGCCAGGCCCAGCCCUCUUCCACCGCUGAGGGUGGCAAGUCCCAGGAGGAAGUUCCCCCUGGCUCCCCAGCUCCAUCCCCAGGCAGAGCUCCGGUCCCUUCAGAGCAGCCUUCAUCUCCCCCGGAGGUGGUCUUCCGAACCCGAACCUCAAGUGAAGGGUCUGAACAACUGAAGAAGAGAGCCCCCGUCCAGAGGACCUCAGCACCCCCUAAUAGGCCUCCUCCGCCCAAAGCCACACCCAGCCCUAGGACCUCCUCAGGGAACGUACCCUCCAGUCCUACAGCUUCUGAGCAGGGUUCACCUACCAGUCCCAGGGCUUCUGUGGGGUCUGGGACUCCAAGUCCUAGUCCUAGGGCCUCUUUGGAGGUGUCUCUUGAUCCACAGCCACCAGAGAAGCCAACAAGAACUUCUGAAGACAGAGAAAACGAAAACAUUGACCACCCAAACCCAGAACUUUGUACUUCCCCCACCUCAAUGAUCCCUCAGGUUUUUUCAGAGUCUGACAUGGCAAGUAAGAUGGAAGACAAGGAAGAGAACAAUAAGCUUAUCUUGGCGGAGUCCCCUGAGAGCCCAGAUCUCCAGCUUCAUGUCUCUGCUGUUUCAGAAGACAGCAACAUCACCGCACCUGAGCCUGAAGAAGAGGUAUCUGCAAUUCAAAGUGCACAACUCUGAAGAGGAACUGCCAAGACCUCCCCACACACACACCUCCCAGAGAAACUCCUCAACUAGAGGGUCUAUAAGUCAGAGGGACUUAAGUCAACAUUCAUGUCCAGAUUCUCAAGCCGUAUGGGUGCUGAUGGCCUCUAAAGACCAGCACUCAUAGAGGCUGAGGAGCAGAAUUAGGGGAGGGAGAGAGGCAGGCUUGAGAGAGGAGAUUGUUAGACUCAGGGAAUAUUUAAUUCAGAUUUUGGCAAUUGUUAGAAUAAUAAGACUAUAUUAAUUAAAGUGGGGCUAAAAUGACUAUAACUAGCAAAAGCAUCCAUAGAUACACAUACAUAACCACAUGCACUCAAGG